GGCUGAAAAGUUAAGCAAAGGGGAAGAAAUUAAAGUUGGCGGUUGGGUAAAAUCAUUUCGUCAAAAUAGAUUUAUUGAACUUAAUGAUGGCUCAUGUUUACAAAAUUUACAAGUUAUUUGUGCUUCGGGUUUAUCCGAAAAAUUAAAGAAAAUUAAUCAUGACAGUGUUUUAAUAGUUAGUGGCAAGUUAGUUCUUACUCCCGAAAGAAAGCAAAGUUGCGAAUUACAAGUCGAAAAUAUUAUAUUUAGUAGUGUCAACAAUUUGAGUUAUUCAGAGAACCCUGCUUUUCCUUGA